UCAAUUCACUCUGAUAUUCUAAUUUUAUUUUUUUUCAGCAAAAGCCUUCAGAAUGUCUACCAGGACCAGAAUCACUUCCGUCAGCAGCUCUGCUCCCUUAAGGAACUUUAGCAGCAGCUCUUACUCAUCUGGAGUCUUCGCUCCCCGCAUGUCCAGCUUUAGCAGUGUGGGAAUGGGUAGUACUAGAGCACAUGGCAUAUCUAUGUACUCGGGAAGAGGUGAGAUGAGUCAAGCCCCUAUCACUGCCGUCACUGUAAACAAGAGCCUGCUGGUCCCCAUGAAUUACCAGAUUGACCCAACAAUUCAAGCCGUUCGCACCAAUGAGAAAGAUCAGAUCAAGGGCCUUAACAACCGCUUUGCCUCUUUCAUUGACAAGGUUCGUUUUCUGGAACAAGAGAACAAAAUGCUAGAAACCAAAUGGAAUUUGCUCCAGGAACAGACUAUCAUUCACUCCAACAUUGAUGCAAUGUUCGAGGCCUACAUAGGCAACCUACGCAAACAGCUGGACAGCCUGGGUAGUGAAAAGAAUAAGCUGGAGGGGGAACUGCACAACAUGCAGGGCCUGGUGGAGGACUUCAAGGGAAAAUAUGAAGAAGAAAUCAACAAACGCACAGAUUGUGAGAAUGACUUUGUCGUUAUCAAGAAGGAUGUGGAUGAGGCCUACAUGAAUAGGGCUGAGUUAGAGGCCAAGAUGGAGAGUCUGACAGAUGAGAUUGACUUCCUCAGAUCGAUCUAUGAGGAGGAACUGCGUGAGCUCCAGAGCCAGAUCAAGGACACUGCAGUCGUUGUGGAGAUGGACAACAGUCGCAAUCUAGACUUGGAUGCGGUUGUGGCUGAGGCCAGGGCACAGUAUGAGGAUAUUGCCAACCGCACACGUGCUGAAGCAGAGCAAUGGUACAAAACCAAGUAUGAAGAGAUGCAGACCUCCGCCAACAGAUAUGGAGAUGAUUUACGAGCUACCAAAACAGAGAUUGCAGAACUUAACCGCAUGAUCCACAGACUGACAUCCGAGAUUGAUGCAAUCAAGGGGCAGUGCAAAAACCUGGAGGAACAGAUUACUGAGGCUGAGGAGCGUGGUGAGCUGGCUGUGAAAGAUGCCAAGGAGCGCAUUAAGGAACUGGAAGUGGCACUGCAGAGAGCCAAGCAUGACAUGGCCCGUCACAUCAGAGAGUACCAGGAUCUGAUGAAUGUCAAAGUCGCUUUGGACAUUGAGAUCGCCACCUACAGGAAGCUGCUGGAAGGAGAGGAGCACAGACUGACUAGCGCCAUUCAGUCUAUCAACAUUUCAAAAACGAGUUAUAGUGGUUUCUCCAAGUGAAAGAGCACCCCCAUCAGCUACCCCAUCAGCAGUCCCAGAAGCAGCUUGAGUUACCUCUUCAAUGUUUGCUGCAGCAGCUAAGAUGCCACCCAGAUCGACAACAUCAGACAUGAGCAAUGAUGGCAACGUUCUGUCUCAGACAUCCAGGGAUGAUUAUUUGAUCUGUCUAGAGUAGCAGGGCAGCUACAGUUUGGACCAAAUAUAUUUAUGCCACUGGCAUUUUUAAACGAAAAACAUUUUCUAAGUUUCUUUCUGUUCGGGCAUGACAUUUUUUUUUCCAAAAAUACAAUUUAAACAGAGAAUAUUUAGAAUAUAAUACUAAUGUUUAAAAUAUCUGUUCAACCCAUUUCUUACCCUUCCUAGUAACAUAAACCAUGUUUUCUUUGAACUUUUAAACCUGCUGAUACCUGCUUACCAGUUGUUAACAUAUGUCAUCUGGUAUGUUGAUUUACCUUUGGUGAUUAGCUCCUAGUCAUGGACAUUAGAAUGCCUCCUUGCUAUCACCCUUAACCUAAGCUCCCUUCACAUGUUGCAAACUGGUUCCAAGAUGUUAUUUGAACUUUCAGAUGAAAUUUUGUUAAAUGGGAUGUUUACUGUCUGGGCUAUGGCUAAUUUUGGUCAUAACUGUACCUGUCUGUAGUUGCAUACUUGCAUCUCACUCAUCUUUACUGUAAUAAUUAGGAGGCUGCUGUGGAGAUA